UUAUACAUUUCGUACCUAUGACGGGAACCAGGUUUUACAGACGCCAUUUUCGGAUUAAAGAAAUGUCGUUUAUUAACCGGCAAAUUUUCACAAAAGAGAUGUACUUUUUAUGACUAUUCAACCAAAGAAUAUUAAACAAAUGCUGCAAAUUGCGGAGUUAAUACUUUGAAGUAGGAACCUUAAAAGUCCUUAUGGAAACUGUACAGAAAAACUUUGUUGAUGGGCUUCCAAAUGAUGAUAAUGGUACUAAGCUGAAUGAAAUACAAGACACAGCUAAGGACCUUGGUGAUGAUAAGGGUGAUUUGAAUCAAACAGAUGUUGGGGAGAAUGAAGUAACAAAAUCAAAAGAAACUGAAGAAGUUGAGUUUGUUGGUGGUAGUAUUAAAGAAACUAAUCUUGAUGUCCGAAAUGACUCUCAAUAUUCUGUUCUUAAGAAUGGUAAUCCAAAUGACGAAAGUGAGAGAGCUAAUGAUAAAAUUGCUGCUGUAUGUUCUUUAACUGAUAAAGAAGUAUGUCCCUUUGUUUGUGGUAUAUGUUCAGACAAGUUUGACAAAGUGUCUGCCUUCUAUGCUCAUUUAAAAACACAUGACAAUUUUGAUGUUAUUUCUCAGAUGAACAAGAAGAAUGAAAUGUUAGAAGCACUGAAUGUAAAGGAUAAAGUGAACGAGAAUGUAUUUAAAUGUGGUAUUUGCCAAAUUGACUUCCCUUCUAUGAGUUUACUACAUGAGCAUAUGGUUGUAGAAGAGAAUAUGCCUGAUUAUAAUUACAGUAAUGCUGAUCAUACAGCAAGACCAGACUCUGCUGCUACAUCAAAAAGUGUCUCUGAUUACAAACCUGAAAAAUCUGAAAGUAUUGUAGGUUCAUCUUCAAACAUUGGUAGAAGCAAAAGAAAAAGAAAAUCUCCAGAAUCUCCAUUAAAUGAAGGUGAUGAAAGUGUUAGGUCUUAUACUAAAAAGAAAAAGGUGUCAAGAAAGGGAAUCUUAGAAAAUGAAGAGAAAGAAAUAGGUUCAGCCGUGGUCAAAACUCCUGGAUCAAGUGGAAACUCUGUCGCUUUAACUAGAUCAAGUAGAAGAGUGAGUGAAAGGGGAUCUCGGAAACGUGUCGAUUAUAAAGCACUUGCAGGAUAUGGAUCAACAAACAAUGACUCUGAUGAUUAUGAUGAAAAUGAUGAUGAUAAUGAUGAUGUUGAGAAGUCAUCUAGACAAUGCCAUACUGACACCUCUUCAAAAAAGAACAAGUUAAAUGAUGAUGAUGAUGAUGAUGAUAGUACAAAGAAAGAAUUGCGAAGUCUCCAGACUGUGACAAAAAUGAACAAGGUAGACACAAAUAAACCAGAAGAUGAAGUAGAUAAAGAUGUAGAUAUGAAUAAGAUAAAGAGUAAAACUAAGAUACAUGUAACUUCAAACAAAAUCAAAGUUGUUUCAAUGAAAAUGAUAAAAACUGAGAAUGUACCUAAAGAUUCUAUAAAGAAUAGCCUGGAGAAUAAGAUGAGCUUAGAGGUAACCAAUCAGGAUCCAGAAAAUAAAGAAGAAGAAACAGUUAGUAGUGAGGAUGAAAAGGAGACAGUUGAAUUUGUUGGAAACAAAAAUUCAGAAAAGGAAGAACUUGCCUUUAAACCUGAUGGAACUUAUAUUGAUACUAACUCUGACUCUGAAAUCAUGUAUAAAAUUGAGGUAGAUUCAGAUUAUGAGAACAAUGCAUCAGAUGAUGAUAGUGAUGAUGAUUUUAUGGAAGAGAAAGAUUAUGAAGAUGAUGAAGUGAAUGAUCCCAACUUUAUGCCUGAGUUAGAGACAAAAGAUAAAGAUGGUAAUGUGAUUGUGUCAUUGAUGGAUACAAGUAACCCGGAGGAGUAUUUGAAGAAGUUUAACGGGAAGAAGCGGAGUAUUACUAGGACAAGAAAUGGUGGCCAGCUUCUUAAGAAUUGUUUGUAUCCGUGCUCAAUUUGCGGACGUUACUAUUUAUGGAAAGCUCUGAAGAAGCACAUGUAUGCACAUGUGAAGGUGAAAUUAAUCGAGUGUUCACAGUGUGGGAAGAAAUACAAAAGUGACAGACAUCUUAAAGAUCACAUACGAUCUGUCCAUGCCAUGAAGAAAUUCAGCUGCCCCAAAUGUGACAGUAUUCUGAAAGGGAACCAGAGUUUUGAGAAACAUGUAACAAUGCACAUCUUGAAGAAAGAGAUAACAGUGGCAUUGGACGAGGUGGAGAAGAAAGAGGUUUCUGAGGAAGAGUAUAUCAAAUGGAAAGGCCAGCAAGAAUAUGUAGCAAGUGAAGCCAAUAAAAAGAAGAAAGAAGACAAAGUGCAGAAAGAUUUGGAAAGGCAAAGUGUGGAAGAUGGGAUCGAUAUUAGCCUACUGAAAGACGGUCCUUUGUAUGGUCAGCACAUUGUGUUACAAGCUGAUGUGGUCGGCACGACCAAAAACCAAUUUUGUAAAAUCUGUAAACGAAACUUUCCAACACAUGAGAGUUUGGUACAGCAUGUUUUAGAGCAUAAUGAUGAAAAACAAUAUAGUUGCGGUAUCUGUAAAGGUUUUUUUCAAACCCAGGAACAUGUUGAUACUCACAUGGUGAAUGUCCAUGGUGAAAGGGACAUAGCUUGUGAUAUAUGCGGGGAGAGAUUAAGAAGUUCAUAUGCAUUGUGGUCGCACAAAGGAAAGCACUUGAUGAAGAAGGAUGAGUAUUAUUCCGAGGAAAUUGUUCAAAAGUUACAAGAAGAGAUUGCACAGAGAAAGGCGAGGAAAAAGGCAAGGCGUUUGAAAGAGAGCUCAAAGAAGUGCGAGAUAUGUGGUAUGGUGGUGCUGCGUAUCAGGUAUAAACGUCAUCUAGAAGUGCACAAUACUACCAAGGACUGGCAGUGCGAAAUUUGUCAUAAUUAUUACAAGACGAGGCGUUACCUCACAGAUCAUAUGAAGAAGACUCAUAAUGCUACAAAAAUACCAUGCGAUAUAUGCGGAUUAAAGUUUAAAGGAAAAACUUAUCUAGAAAUUCAUAGGCAGACACACGGACCGAAAGACAAACAUUGUCCAAUUUGUGGUAAAGGAUUCACAACUAUGAUGUACCUGAAAACUCAUCAGCUUACACAUGAAGGUUGUACAUUGAUUUCUUUGUAUCCUAGCAACAAUAUUGACUUGUUUAUGCCACCAGUAUAAAGCUACAUGUAGGGC